UCAUUGACUCAACAUUUGAACACAUCUUAACUCAAAUGUUGAUCUCAUCGGCGAAGACAUAAUGACCACAAUUAUCUCAAUCUGUGGAUCAAAUUAGGCGUAAAUUGUGGUGAAUGUGAAGAAGUGAUGCGAUUCUGUGAUAAAUGUGUGAUCUGUUGAGCAAAGAUGAGAAUCGGUCGACGCUUUCGUCGAUUUUGUGGACAAUUUUGCGAUUAUUUGACGAAUCGAUGGCUUCUUGUGGUCUUGUAUUCAAAAAGUCUUGGUUUCAACGCUCACAUGGAUUCGGGAUAUUUGGCGGACACUCUUCUGGAGCCCAUGUUUUGGUUCGUCGAUAACUUCACUCAUCUGUUGGGACCCAUAUUUGUGGUAUCGGUGUCUUCUCGCGGUGUUUGUAGUGAUCGCGUACGCGAUUGGUCUGAGCUUUUGGUUGAGGACCAGUCAAACGAUAACAGCUGUGGCUCUAGUGAUCGGACACUGGCUUCUCGUAAAUGUCUGUUACCAUUACUAUAUGGCGUUCAUUACAUCUCCAGGACAUCCGCCACAGGUAUGUCCUAUAUGAGGACCAGUCAAACGAUAACAGCUGUGGCUCUAGUGAUCGGACACUGGCUUCUCGUAAAUGUCUGUUACCAUUACUAUAUGGCGUUCAUUACAUCUCCAGGACAUCCGCCACAGGACACAACCAUUUCAGAAGUGGUCUCAUUCUGUAAGCGAUGUAUUGGUCCGAAGCCUUCGCGCACUCAUCACUGCUCCGUUUGCAACAAGUGUGUGUUGAAGAUGGACCAUCAUUGUCCAUGGUUGAACAACUGUAUUGGCCACUUUAAUCAUAGAUAUUUCUUCAUGUUCUGCGUCUACACAUGGAUUGGAACUAUUUUUGUGAUGAUCUUUGGCUACAGAAUAGCUUACGAACACUUUUGGCCCAAAACGGACAUCACUUCAAACCAUUCAAACAAUUCUAACUCAACAAACAUUUCGACCAAUUUUAUCGAUUAUAUGAAACACAAGUGCAUUAUCUUCGAGGGUCUGAUGACUAUCGGAAUAUUUGUCGCUUUGGGCGCUCUCAUGGCUUACCACUCACUUCUCAUAACCAAAGGGGAGACUUGUAUUGAAAGGCAUAUAAAUAGUAAAGAGAGAAAACGUUUGCUAGAAAUGGGCAAAACAUUUGUAAAUCCUUAUGAUUUCGGUCCGCGAGAAAACUGGAGGCGCUUUCUGGGGCUGAAUCGCGCCGGCGGUUGGCUUAACGUAUUGUUGCCCUCAAAGUUCGCGCCGCCCGGCGAUGGACUCGUUUGGUUCACAAUCCAUGACAACGAUUGCCAAACAAUUCGUUAAAUUAUUUAUAUUUAUAUAUAUUUUAUAAUAUUUCCAAUAAAUAAAACUUUAAUAUCAAACCAAUUAUUAGAAGCGCAUAAAAAUUCAUUCAAUUCAUGAUUUAAUAUUAAGUGCACUUUUGAGCUAACAAUGGGACAACUUUUCACAUAAUUUAGCCCUUCAUUGGAUUAGUUUUCACUCAAAG